GAACAAACGCUGGUACUCUAGCCUCGCUGCCUACGUAUAUCCUACAUACAUACUACAUACACACUAACACGACAACCACCUGGGUCACACAAUGAACACCGUCGCGACGAUAUUCCUGUUGGUUGCGUCGAUACUCGUGGCAUCGUGCCAGCAAUACCAGCAACCAGGUGAAAACUAUGUCGGAGAGUACUCACCGUACGAGUCCCCGAGGCCGGCCCAUCCGACGCCUCGAAGCUACGCCACCGACUCGGCACAAAACCGGCAAUCGGCCGAACCUUCUACCCCUCGACCAACGCCAGUCGCGAUUCUGAAGCAGAUCAACAGGCACAACGAGGACGGCUCGUAUACGUACGGUUUCGAGGGCGCAGACGGCUCGUUCAAGAUCGAAACGAAACUUCCAACUGGUGAGGUGAAGGGUAAAUACGGAUUCGUAGACGACACCGGAAAAGUUAGAGUGGUCGAGUACGGAGCAAACCAGUACGGCUUCCAACCAGCGGGUGAAGGCAUCACUGUCGCACCUCCCACGUUAGUGGACGAGACUACCAGUAGAGAAGCUCUGCAGGCGCAGAACUAUCAAGAAGAAUACGCACAACCGGCUGCCAGGCAACCUCUCAGAGCUGCUCCUGCGCUUGCACCACGUCCUGCACCCAUUCAGCAACAGUAUCAGUAUGAGGAACCAGCUUAUCAACAACCGCAAUCUCACACCCAGGCUGUUUACUCGCCACAGGUAGCGCCCAGACAACAGAGCGUUCCUAAGCCACCAAUUUUCACGCCGGCUGCUCCCCAGCCUGCUUCCCCUAGACAAACUCAAAUUCUUCAGCAGGCAGAUGAUCAGGCGCCCCCAUCUCAGCUGUAUAACCAAGGACCCGCUCAAUUUGGCCCUGCACCUGUCCACGAACACCGUUCUCAACCGCAAACACGUAGCCAAAGCGGUGGCAUACUCGAUCAGCUGGCCAGAGACUACGCCCUACCUCAGGGCGGCUCGCCGCCGUUGCACGACAUCAGUUUUGGUUAUUACUAGAUCUUCUAGUCCUUACCGUACUCUUCAGGGUGGUCGUGCGUUUACUUUAUAAAUCACAGACGAUCAUUUCGCUGACAAUAAUUUCAUUGACAUAAAAGAAAUACGUUUUCAAUGAAAUAAAAUGAACGCUUAUUUAAUUAGAAAAUGUAAAAGUUACAUGAAAUUCAAUGCUGUUGGAAUUUAAUGAAAACAUUAUUAUUGAAAUGAUCGUCAUAAUUACGAGGCAAUUCGUUUGAUGUCUUGGUUUGUUAAGUUUUUGAAGUGGAGACGCGAUGCUUCGGAGGUAUCAUUUUACCACUUAUUAUCGAGGAGAGUAUCAAGAAUCUACCAAACGAUUUUUUAAAAAGUUUGAGCUCGUUAUUUUGAUUUCUUUGUGCCCCCUGCUGUUUCUUGUUUCUUUUUUCGCUAACGAACUACUGCAAUAAUAAUUGUACCUCUGCUUUCUCGAUGAAAACACGAAUUUCUAACUUGCCAUUAGAAUUGAACGUGAAAUGGCUCAUAAUAUAUGAGAUGGAAAUGUGAAGAAUUGUACCAGUUUGUAUAAGGAAUAUAAUAUGAAUAAUAUUAGGUAUUUGUAAGUAUAAAAUAAGUUUGGAAAGGGAAUGUUAAAUAUUACUUGUUGAUUAAAUUCAAAAAUCGAGAUCUUCAUUCCAGGGUGUUAAAGAAAAGAUCAAUAGAGGAUAUGAUAUCAAUGUUGUAAAUAAAAAUUCCACAGUAGGAUUUAUGUGCUGAUAUUUUUAAUUGUAAAGAACGCAAUGUCACAGAUAUGCCGUUGUAACUUUCUUCUUUUGUUCGAGGAAAAUUAGGCAUCGACAAGCUGUAAGUUUUUAAUUUCGUGUGACUGCACAAACCUCAGCACGCUUAUCAUUUACGUGGUAUUUAUCAAAUUCUAAUGAUUGAACUGCGGAUAUGAUGCAUCUGUAAGAAAAUGCAAUGCGCGAGAAACAGGCAGAUUGUAAUGUAUAAAAGUAUAUGGAAGAUGAAAAGUUGGAUACCUAUGUAAUGUAUUAUUUAAAUUACACGAAAUUUCUGUGAAUGUGAAA